AAUAUUCGCGUCAAAGUCAUUUUGUUCUAAGUAAUUACGAUUUUUUUACAUUUACACAGUAUUAAUGAACGAAAUUAAAAUCUAAUUAAAUGUUUUUAAUAUAAAUAAUAAACUUUCAAGUGCUUUGAAAUAUUUUGUCAGUCUAUAAUAAAAAUAAAAUACGAAAAAAAUCGUAAGAUUAAAGAACGGAAUCAUGUUGACAUUGUCGACAUGUGCGUUAUUCUGUGGUGCCACAAAUGAUUUAGUGGGAAGUAAUAGAACUAUUACAUUGUCAAGUAGUUGAUAAAACGAUGAAAAGCAUUCAAGUAUUCCAGAGAGUGUCAUGAUAUCGUAGAGUGUAGGUGAGCCUGUGAUAUGUUGUGCCGUGGAAGGUUGAAAAUGCAAUGCGGUACUGUAGGAUUUUGUGCUGUGUUUUCAUAUUUAAUUAUUAUUAUCUAUAGUGUUGUUAUUGUUAAUGGCAUGUUAGAACAUCGGCAAUGUAACCAUCAACAUCCGAAGCCACAUGAGGUGGUUCAUGGGGUGCAUAUUGAACCAGCUCAUGUAGUAAGAAAGCGAAGUAUUAGUCAGCCUUUAAGGAUUUUAUUGUCAUACGAUGAAAGUGUUUAUCGAUUAGAUGCAGAAAAAUUUGAUUUAAUUAAUAAUACAAUUUUACCAGAAGCUGUUCAUUUUUGGGAACGAACAUUAAUGGUACGUGAAACGAGAAAUACCAUUCGUUUAAACAGAAAAUGUGAAAGUAAUCAAAUUUUCGUCAAAGAUCAUUACGCUUAUUGCAUCGAUUCUUGUCGAGCUACUACCAUGUGCGGAGAUGUUGUUGUACCAGAAUCUCAUCUUGAUGUUUGUCGAACUUGUAAUGCAACAGGUCACAAUUGCCGAGUCCAGCCCGGUAGUGUUGCUGGUGAAGGUAUCAAUGGCGCGGAUUUCGUAUUUUAUGUAUCAGCAAUGCCAACAGAAAGAUGUCAUAGUGGAUUAACAGUUGCUUAUGCUGCUCAUUGUCAACAAGAGUCUGCUCUUGACAGGCCUAUUGCUGGUCAUGCAAAUUUAUGUCCAGGAAGUAUCAGUACAAAACCACAAGAAUUAGAAACAUUACUAAGCACUGUAAAACAUGAAAUACUUCAUGCUCUAGGAUUUUCUGCUAGUCUUUAUGCAUUUUAUCGUGAUGAAAACGGUGAUCCUCGUACUCCACGUCGUAGUGAUACUGGAAAACCGCCACUAAAUGAAAAACUUCAAACACACCAGUGGAGUGAAUCAACAAUAAAAACAAUAGUCAGACCACAAUGGCAUGUUCGUGGCGGCACAGUUGAAAGAUCAAUGCAAAUGAUCGUGACUCCAAAGGUCAGGAAAGAAGUUCGUGAGCAUUUUAAAUGCCCUGCUUUAGAAGGAGCUGAAUUGGAAGACCAAGGAGAAGACGGAACUGCAUUAACUCAUUGGGAAAAAAGAGUUUUUGAGAAUGAAGCUAUGACUGGUACUCAUACACAAAAUCCUGUCUAUUCAAGAAUUACAUUGGCUUUAAUGGAGGACACUGGCUGGUACAGUGCUAAUUACUCGAUGGCACAAUCAUUGAGAUGGGGUCGACAUUUGGGUUGUGAUUUUGCAAUGAAAUCAUGUAAAGAAUGGAUAUCAAAUCGUUCAUCACGACUUUUAGCAAAAUCUAUUCAUCCGUUUUGUAAUAAAGUUAAACAAGAUCCACUACAAACUGAGUGUACCGAUGAUCGUAAUUCUGUAGCUCUUUGUAAUCUUAUUGAACAUCCUCAGCCUUUACCAGUAAAAUAUCAGAAUUUCGAUUGGAUACCUCACGUAAAAGAGGGCAAAGAAAUAUAUUAUGGUGGUUCAGUGUCUCUGGCAGACUACUGCCCUUAUAUACAGGAAUUUACAUGGAGAUCGAAAAAUAUUGUUGUAAGAGGCUCACAUUGUCUUUAUACAGAAAAUAAUCCACAUCCGGAAAAAAAUUUUGCUUUAGAGCAUUAUGGAGCUCAUUCCAAGUGUUUCGAUCAUACUGAUGAUAUGUGGGAGGAAAGGACUUGUAAACAAGCUCGACAAUGGCAGCACUGGGGUUCUGGAUGUUAUCAGUAUAAAUGUGAAGUUGGGCGAUUACACAUAAUUGUAGCUAAUUAUACAUAUACUUGUUAUCAUGCUGGUCAAAUAUUGACAAUAAGGAUAAUUCAAAAUGACUGGUUACAUAAAGGAGCACUAAUUUGUCCUCCUUGUCGCGAUAUUUGUCAAGCAGAACUUCAAGCUAAAGGAGAAUGGUGUAAACCAGGAGAUGAGCAUCCUCCUGCAACAUUUUAUCAUCGUGAUAAUCUUAUAUGUAGUGCUUCUUAUAAUCUUAUGUCGUAUUAUCUAUUCAUAAUUGUUGUCAGCGUUACUGUGAUGUUUAGAUAAAAUUAACAAUCUUUUUUUUUUUUUAAUUUAUUUUAUAAAUUCAUUCAUUUACAUUUAAAUUAAUCCAUUAACAUUAAAUUUUAAAAAAUUUGUUAAUUUUUUUUUUCUUUAAUCUGGUCUAAGUGAACCCCAGAAGGUCCACACGACUAACUUCCCAUCAUAGUUUGCCUUGGUUUCAGUUUUUUUAUUUGGCACCAAAACGAUUACACUGAUUUUGAUCAAAUUCAAUCAUUCAAUUUAAACUCGUCCUAAGUUAAAAUCAUCAUUUGUUCUCGGAAUACACGAGACAACUAAAUUGAUAACGAACAGACACCCUUUUAAAAAUCAUAGCAUUUGACUCUAGGGACUUUAAAAUGUUUAGGAAUGACAAAAUUGAGAAUUUGCAAAAUCGGACCCAUUACGAUAACAUCCCACUGGAAAAUUAAAAAAAACAAUUAUCACUGACUCCCAACACUCAAAAACAAAUAACUCAAAAGUUUUUUAAAUGGCUUUAUUUAAAUAAUAUAAUCAUAGAUAAAUCAACGAAUAAACAAUCAAUAAACAAAUUGUGAUUAAUAAUAGUCAAAUUAACAAAAUGAUAUUAAAGUUAAUUAAUGAUUAACUACUCAACAACUGUCAAUAAUAAUUAAGUGAACAUUUUUUAAAAAUAUUCAUAUGAGAUAUUCCAUCAAUGAAUUAAUUUUUAUUUUCAUAAGUUUAUAUUAUUAGAUAUAAGUGACGCUGAUUUUAUUUUUUAGUAUUAAAUAUUUUUUAAUAUCUUAAGAUAUCCAACAAUGCAGUAUCAAUAUUAAGUAUGUACAUU